GUCAUUGGCAGCCAUGUUGUUUUUUGUGUACGUGUUGUGAAAUUCAGGGUUAUCACGUAAAGUUGUCUGUCUCCUCUCUGGAUUUAUUGUUUAACAUAAGUAAAAUUGAUUAGAGUACGGUUUAAGAUAAUAAUUAGAGGUUUAUUUUAAGAUGUCAACUUUGACAAAACGUUCCGUCGAUGCUGUUGUUCAGAGAAGAAGGACAGCGGGCGGAGGUUCGGGAGGAGCCGAGAGGGGACGAGAGGCUGAUGACGACGACCGUAUAGAUGAAGGAGAUGUGGACGAGGACUCGAAAGAAACGAGAAUGACAUUGAUGGAAGAAGUUCUGUUACUAGGCAUUAAAGACAGAGAAGGGUACACAUCUUUUUGGAAUGAUUGCAUAUCGUCUGGUCUACGAGGGUGUAUGCUAAUUGAGUUGGGACUACGAGGACGGAUAGAACUGGAAAAGUCAGGGAUGAGGAGAAAAAGUCUUUUAAACCGUAAAGUUCUCUUAAAAUCAGAUACACCUACUGGGGAUGUAUUACUAGAUGAGGCAUUGAGGCAUAUUAAAGAGACUGAUCCCCCGGAAACAGUGCAGAAUUGGAUUGAGUUGUUAAGUGGAGAAACAUGGAACCCUUUGAAACUCCGCUAUCAACUACGUAAUGUACGAGAACGGCUUGCCAAGAAUCUAGUAGAGAAGGGAGUUUUAACAACUGAGAAACAAAACUUCCUUCUGUUUGACAUGACUACCCAUCCAGUAAUUGACUCAACUAUUAAACAAAAAUUAGUAAAACGAGUUCAAGAUGGCAUGCUGAGUCGAUGGCCAAACGACCCUCAUCGAAUGGAGAAGCGGUUACUUGCUCUCAUCUAUCUCUCACAUGCUUCUGACGUUCUAGAAAAUGCUUUUGCUCCUCUGUCUGACGAAGAUUAUGAACUUGCUAUGAAGAGAGUUCGAGAACUGCUCGACUUGGAUCCCGACACAGAAGCGAUGAAAAGUAGCGCUAAUGAUGUUCUUUGGUCAGUCAUAGCAGCAUUUGUAAAAUAGAUGUUUCUCUUGGACAUUUAAACCCGAUAAUUGCUUAUACAGAAUUCAGACAUUUAUUUUUUGGAUUAUUGUAUAUACAGUAUUUACAUUUAUAAUACUUAUCAACUGUUUCCCAUCAAGGUGCUGGUAUUCUGCAUCAACUGUCCUAGAAAUGCUUCCUUGUAGAGAUCUUUAGUUGUACUGUAUUCCCUGUCAUUCUAAAUUCCUGUCCAGACUAUCAAAUUUUAUUUGACAACAUGUAAAAUGCCAAAGUAUGAUCACUGUCAUCAUGACCAUAUAUAGGCACAUCAUGAUUAUAUAUGGAGAUACAAGAGUUUUUUGUCAUUUAAAAUUUGAUAAUCUGGACAGAGCUUUAUAGUUGUAGUAUGGGGAAGUACUGUAUUGAGGAUACACUGUCUGAGUUGAGCCAGCUCUUAAACAAUAAUAUUCAAUAUUUAAAUUGCUUAGUUACCGGUAUUAAAUAAGUUAUUAACUUUCAAUUGAAAAUUGAUGAAAUAAUUUCCAGAUCAGGUAACAUGCAUAAAUAGUACCUGUAUCCCUUGCACUGUAUCCCUUGCAUACUGUAGAUUAGCUGAUAAUAAAUUUAAGGAUAGUCAAAUUAAAAAUACCACGAUUGAAGUUGAUAACAUAA